AUGUCAACAACCAAUCAUAUAGGAAAGAGUCACCUCAGCUCCCGGGCAUGCGGGACUUGCGCAUUGGCAAAAGCAAAAUGUGUACCACGACCGGGAGGAUUAAGUGCGAAAUGUGAAAGAUGCCAUCGUCUAAAGAAAGAUUGUGUGGCACAAACUCCUUCUAUAAGGGCUCAUAAGCCUCAGAAGACUACUCGAGUUGCACAAUUAGAUAAGAAACUUGAUGGAAUUGUGAAUCUCCUGCAACAGCAACAACAAGGCGUUCAUUCCCAAGAUGCAAAGCCGACAUUCUCUCCACUAGUCAUCAAUGAAAACAUCCUCCCCAGAUCACCACCCCUCUCCGAACUAGAACCGGUAAAUCCAAUUCCUAACAGAAAUACUUCCCAUGUCAUCCCUGAACCCCUCGAACCGAGUAAAAGGCAAUCCGUCUAUGAAAAAAGCACAAAUGCCUGUCUUCUCGCCCACGCCAACUCGGAUCUCGAGCCCAACGAUAAGGAGAUCGAGAGGCUGGUAAGAUUAUACCAGAUGGAAAUGACGGCGAAAUUUCCCUUUGUGGUCAUUGAAACGGGAGGAUUGACCGGGAAGCAAUGGGUGGCGAGCAAACCCGUGCUGGGAAAGGCGGUUUUGAUGGCGGCGAGUUAUUAUAAUUUGCCGAGGCAGACGGUUUAUGAGACGGCGUUGGUGAGGGAUUUGACGGAGAGGAUUAUGGUGAGGAGGGAAAAGACUUUAGAGUUGUUGCAGACGAUUUUGGUUUUUUGUGGUUGGUAUCAUUACCAUUGUUUAGGCCAUCCUCACUUGAACAAUCUCAUAGGCUUAGCAAUGGGGCUUGCUGGGGACUUGGGACUGAAUAAACCACCAUCAGCCGAUAGAUUCAGGUAUCCAUUUGGCCACAGUAGAGCCACAGCGGGAGAUUUCUCAAGAAGAACUAUGGAGCAGAGAAGGGCUUUGGCUGGUUUAUUCUAUCUAACUUCUUUAGUUGCAACGGGCUUUCAGCGUAUAGAUGCUAUGAGAUAUUCCAUACAUCUUGAUGAAUGUGUUCGUUCCAUAGAGAAGAAACCAGAACAUACUACAGAUCUCUUAAUAGUUGAGUUAGUGAAGAUAUCGCAUCUUGGAGAAAAGAUUGGGCAAGCGGUCUUACUUGUUCAGAAUGAUGGUGAAAUUCAAGUCCCUACUGCAUUGAAGUUGGGUUCAUUUCAGAUGGAGCUAGAUGUGUUGAAGAAGGGUGUUCCUAGUGCUCUAGAAGAUAAUGUAAUCCUACAGCUUCACCAUCACAUUUCCACCAUCCGUCUCUAUGAAGUCGCGUUGACUAAUGGCUGGAUACCCACAAACGCAACGCAAUCACCUCAAUCUAUUUCAGCAACCCGAACAAUUCACCCACCGCCUUUACAUCCGUCUCAACUCCAAUCUCUCUACACCUGUCUCCACCACACACGCUCUUUCGUCCACUUAAUUCUCUCUGUUCCUCCGUCCACCUAUCUAAGUCAACCUAUUGCCCCAUGGUCCCUCCUCGCCUAUGCCCUCAUGGUUCUCGCCCGUCUGUCCUUCUAUCAAAACCCACUUCUCCCCUCCUGGACCCUCAAUUUCGUCCGCGAAGUCUGCGAUCUCUCCUGGGUGUUGAAAGAGCUAGCAGAGCGUAACGAUAAAGCGAAAUUUGUAGAUAUUAACAUCACUACCGAAGAUGGAGAAUGGGGGAAAGACGCAGAGGUGGGUAGUGAUGGAAGAAGGGUAGGAGAGGGCUGGACAGAUUGUUUCGACAAGUUUGCGAGGAAGAUUCGUUUAGUGAAGGGGUGGUAUGAUCAGAAGGUUGCGGCUUAUGGGAGUUCGGCGCAGUCGCAGCCGUUGGGGUACGGGUUCAGAGUCGAUAGGAAUGCGGUGGAGGGUAGUGGUGGUGGGAGCGAGGAUGUUAUUGAAGGGGCCACGUUGACGCAGGUUGAUACUGGAUUGGGGGUGUGGUAA